AUGGUGAACUUUACGGUAGAUCAAAUGCGUGAGAUCAUGGGUAAUCCCAAGAACAUCCGCAACAUGUCUGUGAUUGCUCACGUCGAUCACGGAAAAUCCACUUUGACCGAUUCACUCGUUUCGAAGGCUGGUAUUAUCGCCGCAAAGAAUGCCGGUGAUGCUCGUUUCACAGAUACCAGAGCUGAUGAACAGGAACGUUGCAUUACAAUUAAAUCCACUGGUAUUUCCAUGUACUUUGAACAUGACCUCGAUGACGGAAACGGUAAACAACCCUUUUUGAUUAAUCUUAUCGAUUCACCCGGACACGUUGAUUUCUCAUCUGAAGUUACUGCUGCCCUAAGAGUUACAGACGGUGCCCUUGUUGUCGUUGAUACAAUUGAGGGUGUGUGCGUACAGACUGAAACUGUGCUCAGACAGGCCCUUAGUGAACGUAUUAGGCCAGUUUUGCACGUCAACAAAGUCGAUCGUGCCCUCUUGGAAUUGCAGAUGGGUCCUGAAGAAAUUUACUCUACCUUCUUGCGUUCCAUUGAAAACGUAAACGUCAUUGUUGCCACGUACAAUGAUGAACUCAUGGGUGAUGUACAAGUUUAUCCCGAAAAGGGUACAGUCUCAUUCGGAUCCGGUUUGCACGGAUGGGCCUUCACAAUUGAGACUUUUGCCAAGAUUUACAACACUAAGUUUGGUAUUUCCAAGGAAAAGAUGAUGCACUAUCUUUGGGGUGAUCACUUUUUCAGCAAGAGCGCCAAGGCCUGGCUAUCAGAGGCUACCCCAAGCGCUCCCGAUCGUGCUUUCUGCAACUUUAUCAUGAAGCCAAUUUGCUCCCUUUUCACAAACAUCAUGAAUGAUGACAAGGAAAAGUAUACUGCACAGCUCAAGUCUAUUGGUGUAGAGCUCAAGGGCGAAGAUAAGGAUCUCACUGGAAAGGCUUUGUUGAAGCGUGUUAUGCAAUUGUGGCUCCCAGCUGGUGAUGUAUUGCUACAGAUGAUUGUAUCACACUUGCCAUCCCCAUUUGCUGCCCAAAAGUACAGAGUUGAGAAUCUUUACUUGGGUCCUAUGGACGAUGAGGCAGCAAAUGGUAUUAGGAACUGUGAUCCAGAUGGCCCAUUGAUGAUGUACAUCUCUAAAAUGGUUCCGACCUCUGAUAAGGGUAGAUUCUAUGCCUUCGGACGUGUAUUCUCAGGAACUGUAGCUACCGGCCAAAAGGUCCGUAUCCAGGGUCCAAAGUAUGUUCCCGGAGAGAAGACCGAUUUGCUUAUCAAGAACGUCCAGCGUACUGUGCUUAUGAUGGGAAGAUACACUGAGCAGAUUCAAGAUGUUCCUUGCGGUAACACUUGCUGUCUUGUCGGUGUAGAUCAGUACAUUCUCAAGUCUGGUACCAUUACCACCUGCGAGACUGCCCAUAACAUUGCUGACAUGAAGUACUCUGUCUCACCCGUCGUGCGUGUUGCUGUAAAGCCAAAGGACAGCAAGGAACUUCCAAAGCUUGUUGAAGGUCUCAAGAAAUUGUCAAAGUCUGAUCCACUUGUUGUGUGUACUACUGAGGAAUCUGGUGAACACAUUAUUGCCGGUUGUGGUGAAUUGCACGUUGAAAUUUGUCUUAAGGAUCUUCGUGAGGAAUAUGCUCAGAUUGACUUUAUUGUCUCUGACCCAGUCGUAUCGUACAGAGAGACUGUUUCAGCUGAAUCUUCAAUCACUUGCCUAUCCAAGUCGCCAAACAAGCACAAUAGGCUUUUCAUGAAGGCUGAGCCUCUUGUUGAGGAGCUUUCUGAGGCUAUUGAGGAGAAUGUAGUCACUUCAAGAGAUGAUGUUAAGGAGAGAGCUAAUGUUCUUGCUGAUAAGUACGAAUGGGAUAAGAAUGCUGCCUCCAAGAUUUGGUGCUUUGGUCCAGACACUACUGGUCCAAAUGUUCUUGUUGAUCUCACAACUGGAGUUCAGUACUUGUCUGAAAUUAAGGAUCAUUGCAACUCUGCCUUCCAGUGGGCUACCAAGGAGGGAGCUUUGUGUGAUGAAAACAUGAGAGGCAUCAGAUUCAACUUGCUUGAUGUUACUAUGCACGCUGAUGCUAUUCACAGAGGUGCUGGUCAGAUUAUGCCAACUUGCAGAAGAUGCCUUUACGCUUGUGAGCUCACUGCUAACCCCAAACUCCAGGAGCCAGUGUUCUUGGUUGAUAUCAACUGUCCUCAGGAUGCUGUUGGCGGUGUGUACUCCACUCUCAACCAAAGGAGAGGACACGUCUUCCAUGAAGAGAAUAGAGCUGGCACUCCUCUUGUAGAAAUCAAGGCUUAUUUGCCAGUUGCUGAGAGUUUUGGUUUCACGACUGCUCUCCGUGCUAGCACUUCUGGUCAAGCCUUCCCUCAGUGUGUGUUUGAUCACUGGCAACUACUUUCUGGCGAUGCUCUCGAAAAGGGAAGCAAAUUGAAUGAAAUUAUCACUGGUAUUAGAACUAGAAAGGGUCUCAAGGUUGAGAUUCCAUCUCUGGACAACUUUAACGACAAGCUUUAA